AUAACACUUGACGUGACUAGCUUCAUAGACAACAAGGGAGGGAAUGCUGAGGAAAUUCGUGAAUUGCAGCGGAAGUGUGGAGAGUCGGCAGAGCUGGUCGCAGCUUCCAGUCAGCACAUAAAAAUGGGAUUGCAUAUUGACAUCAGGGACUGCUCCAGAUAG